AUGGUGGUAGGAGAGAUCGGAAUCAGUGACCUCUUCUUCAAUCCUACAAUCUCGGUAACGAACCCGUGGUGUGUACUCCCGUUGAGAUCCGCAUCGUUCUUCUGUUCUUCUGCUCUCUGCCUCCCGAAGAUAUCAAGAUCUGGUGCCGAAAGCAUGACUAGAAAUCGAGAGGCGAGUGCAAGGAUUGGUGACCUGUUCGUUUUCUUCACCUUGAAUCGAUAUUACACAAGUGACCACAUAUUGACCGGACUCAAAGAGCGAUUUGUUCGUGCAACUGGUUCGGAAUGGGAUCAAGACUGGCUUGCAAUCUAUCCCCCCACACAACCACGCCAGAACAAUGAUAUUGACUGCGGUAUGUAUGUACUGGUCAACGCGUUGCACAUCAUGGUUGGCCAUCAGGCGCCCUCGGCUUGUUGCGUCUCGAUCUGGCGAGCUAUGUUCUCGAUGCUGUUGCAUCGAACUUCAGAAUUACCUGUCGAGCACUUCUCUAAUUUGCCUGAGAUUCUCCGCAUCUUGGGCAUCUCUACACCAGUCCCGGUUGCAGAACCGUAG